AUGUCUAAACAUGCUGCAUCCAUUGAUGAUGCACCUACCGCGAAGCGCAUCAGAAUUGACGACGGGAAUCAGACAGAACCGCUGGCGGAUAAAUGUGCCAGGGCAAUUCUGGAGCAAUUCCUUACCACGGACAUGUCAUACGCUCAGAUGGAAGAAGCUCUUUCAUCGUACCUCGCCAACCGAUAUUCUCCAGACGAUUGGAAGGAAUCUCGAGAUGCGCUAUUUUACGGUGACAGUGAUGACGACCUCGCCUUGACAAACCUUCGUGCUCCACAUUAUUUAAAAAAUCCCUACCUCGAUCUGGAUGCAGAGGAGGAUGCAGAGGAGGAGGAUGCAGAGGAGGAGGAUGCAGAGGAGGAGGAUGCAGAGGAGGAGGAUGCAGAGGAGGAGGAUGCAGAGGAGGAUGAGGAGUCAGAGGCGGAGGACCACGAUCACGACGGCCUCUCUGAUUUGUGGAAGGUUACAUCUAUGCCGGGAUCAUCAUCGGCCGCUAGGUUUGCCGCGGUCAUCGAUGGCAUGACACAUAGAUUUGAGGCGACACAGCGCAGCUCAUCGCAUGAUUACCAUGCUAUUCCCUCCUCGAUAUCUGACUUGAUCCCUUCAGUUGGAUUGCAGGACGGGAGAAUGUAUCUUCUUCAUGUCCAGCGAAAUGUCACGGAUUAUAUCACUGCACACCUUCGGAAGAGAAAAUUUGACGUCAAGGUUUCAGCUUGGAUAGCUGGCCAGCUUUACAUGGUGGCAGACAGCCCUAAAACAAUUGCCAAGUCGCUUCCCUUCUCGCUCUACCUCGCCGUGAAGCAAUAUGUUCGCAUAUCGGAUGAGGAACGUGAAGUGGUCGAGUGUUCUUACAACAAGCUUCCCAACCCGACUUGGGUGAGGAUAAAGCAUGGCAAGUAUCAGGGCGACAUAGCCCAAGUCUUCGAUUCCGAUCUACCGAAUGUCUCCAACAUCAAUGAUGGCGAAGAAGUCGUAGGAUUCAAGUUCAAAGGAGAGACAUAUUACAUGGGCCUCCUACUUCACAACUUCCACCGUGAUCGCUUGGAACGUGUUGUCUGCCCUCAUGCUGACGAUAUUCAACUUCAUUUACAAUCCGGGUGGAACCAAUCAUUCCUUAAGAGGACUGUGGUUGCGUUCUCGAUGCAGUUCUUGCAUGUAGGUGAUUGGGCCAGGAUCGUCAAAGGAGAUCUUAGUUCAGAAAUUGGGGAGGUCACCUCAACCGAUCAUCCUGCCGGUUCUGCCACCUUGAAAUUGAUCUUGAGUGGACAGCGAAAGAAAGUCGAAGUUCAAUUACAGGACAUAGAGCGCAUGUUUCAGAUUGGCGACACAGUUCGAGUGGUCGCAGGUCCAUACUUGGGUGUGGAAGGACAUCUCGAAGGAACAGGUGGAAGUUUCGAAACACUAUCUAGACCGUUGCCUUCUGGGUCACGCACUCAACUUUUCAAGCCUCCCCCCGAUAUCAAAUCUAUUCGAAUAGGGGACUUCAUAGAAGUGCUUAUUGGGGAGCACAUAGGGAAGUGUGGGAUCGUGCGCUGGCUCCCCAAGGGAGGAGAUAGUCUGUGGUUCCAGCACGGAACAUUGAAUAUUCCGGUUCCCAUUUCAGUUGUUCGGCGGACGCACCUCCCCCACCUCCAGACAUUACAGUACAUGCAAGACAAGGGUUAUGAUGUCAAACCUGGAGAUGUUGUGAGAGUCGCCCGAGGGCCAGAGUAUCAGGCAAAAGGGGUCGUGCAAAGUGUCGACUUUCCAAAUGCUCGCUUGACCCUACUCUCCGACAUUGACCAUUCUCUUGUUGAAGUUCCCAUCUCAUUCGUGAUAAAAGUAUGCAACGCCAGCCUGGAUUCUUUCAAAAAGGAUAUUGGCCAAGAAGUAUUCAUCAUUGGGGGAGACCGUAAGGGCUACCGAGCCAUGCUAUAUAGUUUCACCUCCAAGAAUUGCAUUGUUGCCGUGCAUGGGCAGCAGCGCACCAAGAUCGAACCCAAGGACGUUGCAACCAGAUUGUCGGUUGCCAUCGCAGAUCCUAGCACGUCGUCAUCCAUGUGGACCACCAGCCCCGAUAAUCCUUUGCCCAGUUUGACUGCCGAACUCAACCCCUGGACUGUCAAUUCCGACGAUAUACUAGAUAGUAUUGAUGCUCGAUUGGAUAAACUCAAAGAGGGGCCGCUAGCUUGGCUGAUGAAGAAGGAAUUUUUUUUCCAGUUCACCACGCAUCACGUGAUGUUAAAGGUCUUGCCCUCGUUCAUGGGAGGCAGGCUACAUAACCGAUUUGUGGCGACGGCUUGUCCUGAUCCUUCCUUGGUCCGAAUGGACCCGCCCCCGAGGGUUGUCUUGCAGUGUCUUGCUCAUUGA